GGAGCAGGAGCAGGAGCAGGAUCCAGGGAGGCCGGCCUGACUAGGAGCGCAGCGGCCUGCACCCACAAUGUGGAAAGCCUCUGCAGGCCAUACAGUAUCAAUUACCCAGGAUGAUGGUGGAGCUGAUGAUUGGGAGACAGAUCCUGACUUUGUGAAUGAUGUGAGUGAAAAAGAACAGAGAUGGGGGGCCAAAACUGUGAAAGGAUCUGGGCACCAGGAACACAUCAACAUACACAAGCUAAGAGAAAAUGUCUUUCAAGAACACCAGAACAUCAAGGAGAAAGAACUUGAAACAGGACCAAAAGCAUCUCAUGGCUAUGGAGGCAAAUUUGGUGUUGAACAAGAUAGAAUGGACAAAUCUGCUGUUGGUCAUGAGUAUCAAUCUAAACUUUCAAAACACUGCUCCCAAGUUGAUUCAGUAAGAGGAUUUGGUGGAAAAUUUGGGGUACAGAUGGAUAGAGUUGACCAAUCUGCAGUGGGAUUUGAAUACCAAGGUAAAACUGAGAAGCAUGCUUCACAGAAAGAUUAUUCUAGUGGUUUCGGUGGUAAAUACGGCGUACAGGCUGACCGGGUGGACAAGAGCGCAGUGGGCUUUGAUUAUCAGGGAAAAACAGAGAAGCAUGAAUCCCAGAAAGAUUAUUCCAGAGGUUUUGGUGGUAAAUAUGGUGUUGACAAGGACAAAGUGGACAAAAGUGCAGUUGGCUUUGAGUAUCAAGGCAAAACAGAGAAACAUGAAUCGCAGAAAGACUAUGUGAAAGGGUUUGGAGGAAAAUUUGGUGUGCAGACAGACAGACAAGACAAAUGUGCACUUGGCUGGGAUCAUCAAGAGAAAGUACAGCUGCAUGAAUCCCAAAAAGAUUAUAAGAGUGGUUUCGGAGGGAAAUUCGGUGUUCAGUCCGAGAGGCAGGACUCAUCCGCUGUGGGGUUUGAGUACAAGGAAAAAUUGGCCAAGCACGAGUCUCAGAAAGAUUAUUCCAAAGGAUUUGGUGGAAAAUUUGGGGUACAAAAAGAUAGAAUGGAUAAGAAUGCUUCAACCUUUGAAGAUGUCACAAAGGUAGCGUGUACUUAUCAGAAGACACUGCCAGUGGAAGCUGUGAACAGCAAAACAAGCAACAUCAGAGCAAAUUUCGAAAACCUAGCUAAAGAAAAGGAACAAGAAGAUAGAAAGAAGGCAGAAGCAGAGAGAGCACAGAGGAUGGCCAAAGAGAAACAGGAACAGGAAGAGGCCCGGAAAAAACUAGAAGAACAAGCCAAGGCCAAAAAACAAACUCCACCACCAUCUCCCACCCAACAGUCAGCUGAGGAAAAGCAGCCUUCCAGCCCAGUGUAUGAGGACGCAACUCCUUACAAGUCAGAGCCAACUUGUCAAAGCUCCAUUUCUGCGCAUUCGGCUGGGCAGGAGGCAGAAGCUAACUACCAAGCAGAGCAUUCUGACUACCAAGAAGCUAUCAGCCAGCGGGAAUUGGCCUAUGAGCCUGAGACUGUGUAUGAAGCCACAGAUACAGCAGGCCACUAUCAAGCAGAGGAAAAUACCUAUGAUGAAUAUGAAAACGACCUUGGAAUUACAGCCAUAGCCCUCUAUGAUUACCAGGCUGCGGGUGAUGAUGAGAUUUCCUUUGACCCCGAUGACAUCAUCACAAACAUCGAAAUGAUUGACGAUGGCUGGUGGAGAGGAGUUUGUAAAGGCAGAUACGGGCUGUUCCCAGCAAAUUAUGUUGAGCUGAGACAGUAAGAAGAUUACCCACCAAUUAUGCCUUAAUGCCAUCAUAGUUAGCAAAUCUUGAUUUUUACACUACAAAUCAUGCUUCUUUGAAGGUGGAGAGGGUAUUUACAUUUUGCUUUUAUAUUUAAUACUUUGCUGAAGCUUUUACAAAUGUUUAUGCCACAGAAGUUGCUAAUAUAUUGCAGUUUUUGUUUCCGUGGAGGACUGCGGUAAUGGUUUUUUGAUGCAUUUAAGGUAUUUUCAUUUUUGCCAAAUCAGAUGAUUGUCACAAUAAGCCAUUACAAGAUCUGCCAGUUCUCAUCAGGUAAUAUCUAUAGAAAUGCAUGUUGACAUCAGUGUAAGCAAUUACAUUCAUCCAAAAUUCAGUAAACCUGUGUUGGAAUAUUAGCAAUUUAAAAAUGGCCUGCAGGUGUUCUGCAUGUAUACUCUCCUUUAAGUAUGGAGGCGUGUCUAAUUCCACAGUGUUUAGGGGGAAAAAGCAAUGAAGUUGUAGAAAUUUAAAUAAUUUUAUCUUGGCAUAUUGCCAGGAGAAUAUAGUAGUAGCUAGAUGGUCUGCUGGAAAAUUGUGGUUUCCAAAACUUCAUCUAACAAGUGUGAUUUCAUUGUGAUACAUGAAUUAUUCAGUUGCUUUCUCUUUCCUCUUUUAGCUGUUGAUUUCUCCACUCCCUUCCCCCAGAAAUCCCAUGUCAUAUCCAGGAGUGCUGACUGCCCCCCUGCCAUUGCCCCCACAGUUUGAGAUUCUCCAAAAUCCCACCCCUGCCUAAUAGCUAUAAGGUUUUUAAAGAGGUACCACUGCAAUUAGUGCAGUGGUCACUCUCUAGGGUCAGGGGUAGCACCAGUGAGGGCAUAAACUUCCUUUGUGCAAUGGAGAACAGGUCUGCUGUGCAGUAAUCCUGUUGCAUGGAUAACCAUUUCAGUGUGUGUGUGUGUGUGUGUGUGUGUGUGUGUGUGUUUACCUGUACACCACUAAAAAGUUAGAUUAUCACUUCUUGCCUUUUAAGGUGAUCGUUUUUAGUUGUGUGUUCACCAGAAUUUACCAGUACAUUUCCUACUGAGUAAUUUAUUUCUUUUGCCAAACAUCAAAAUCAUUGUAAGAAGUGAUUGACUGGACUGAAAAAAGAAAAUUAGGGUCCCUACCAAAGAUACUAGUGGCACAUGCUAACUUUGUGAAUCGUGUGUUUGUCUUCUAAUGAUCAGAAUAUUAAUGUCAUUGUAUUGCUGACAGUGAGCAAGGAAGCAGACUGUUUUUAACAAAUCAGAUAUUUGGACCAAUAAAAAAAAAAUCUGUGUAUAAACAGUAAGGUGUACAGUAUAUCUCUUAAAAAAGACGCGUGUAGAAAUUUGUUUUGGCUGGUUGGGACAAUCCUUGAAGAAUGUUAUGUAUGUGUCUUUUUUUUUCCCCCUCCCACAUUUUCAAUGGUUGUAGUACUUGCUUGAUUAAAGUUGGGUUGGGUUUUAUACACAAUUUAUUUUAUCCAAUUUUGCAUAGGCCACACAUAGUAAUGAUUUUUUUUUGUAAAUUAAACAUUCAAAAUAAACUUUUUGAACCAUUUGCUAAGA